AUGACUGGACUUCGGUGUCAUUCCCUACCUCCUCUAAGUCAACAAUUAGCGAAAAUUGGAAAAAAAGGUGAAAUUUUGGUUGAUCUGGUGGGUCAAUCGGCAAAUGCUGAUGCUUGGGCGUUUGAAGCUAUUCCGGCACUUCAACGAUUGGCCAAGGAUUCUUCACCUGAAAAAUCAAUUCCAAGAAUGAUUAAAUGGAUGGCUGGAACACCUGCUUACAAGACAAAUAUUGAUCAUAUUUAUCAGACAAAAGAACAAAUGCAAAAUCAGGUUGUUCACCCUUUUCUUUUUCAAACAAACAUAGAGAAGGAACAAAUUUAUGUUCAAGAUAUUGAGUCAUAUGAAGAUAGUUCGGAUCCAAAAAUUGAUGCUUUAAAAGAAGAGUUGGCACUUGUAACAGCUAUAAAACUGAAUAUAACUGUUGUUGAAGAAGGUCUUGAGAUAACUGGUGGAGAGAAUAGUGUUGCGAGAAAUUAUGGAGUUGAGAGAGACGGUGAUGGCCAGAUUGCUUUAGAUACUUGUAGAUCUUUUGGUGGAGUAGGAAGAGAUGAAUCAUAUUUAGCUGAUCUUGGUAGGGGAGAAGAUACCCCUGGUGUGAUAAAAACAACAAAUGUGAAUGCCUUCAAUAUUGAUUGUUGCUGUAAAUGUGAAACAUGUUGUGAUAAGUAUGAAACUCUUUUGAAUGAAGUAAAAUCUUUGUCAACAAAGUUAGAUGGGCAGCAAUCAAAGAGGACUAUAUAUCCGAGCUAUGCAAGAAAAUCUCCUUAUACUCCUGCGUUAAAAAGAAGGUUGGCCAUGAAUUCCAAAGCCAAAAAUGCAAUGAAGAGUAGAUUGGAAGUGAAUUUGUACAAACCUCUUGAUGUGGAGAAAAGAGAGAUCUUUAGUGUCUUCAUUAGCAAAAAGGAAGAGGAAAGAAAAAUGUAUUUGAAUGGUAGAUUUAAUUAUCAGGACUUGGUGAGCAUGACUAAUCCAUAUUUUUUGUUCGAGUGCAAGCAUGUUGAUGAGAUCUUGUCCCUUAUGCGCAAGAGACAGAUUUGGUAUCCCAAGCACUAUGACCAAACAGAUCUUAUUUUAGAUCUAAAUUUCUACAACACCUUGUAUGAUCAGUACAACAACUUGAGAGAGAAGAGUUUAGUGGAUGGUGCUCCACCAAUGCAUGAGGCACUCACAUCGUUUGAGAUGGACGGUGACAUACUCAAGUACUGUAAGGGUGAAAUUACCUGUUUCCUGGAAAAUAUGCUCUACUCCAUUUGUGAAACCCAACAUUCUCAAGAUAAUCAGCGACCUCCGCAUUGA